CACACACACCGGCACGAUCGAGUGCACGACCGCGGGCGCAGCAGCCACCGAUCCGGCGGCAUCUCCGCCCUGCUCGCGCCCGCGCCCGCCGGAGAAGAAGAGCCUUCCAUGAGAUUGUUGAUGUCGCGCCGGCGCGGCGCCGGCGGCGGGCUGUGCAUCAGGAAGAAGGCCCGCGGAUUCAUGUGCGGGUGCGGCGGCACCAAGGCCAUCUCCAUCUCCGACGGCUCCGACAAGUCACCAACGGCCACGCCGCAGACCGCCGCGUCCACCACUCCCCUUACCGGCAUGUCGGUCACCACCACCACCACCACCACGACCAAGCCGACGAGAGGAGGAGGAGGAGGAGGGUACAGGCCGGCGGCGGCACCGUCAACCACGGAGGCUCCCUCCCUGUUCUCGUCCUCGUCCUUGUACGCGGACACCACCGACGACGGCCCCAGCAGCAUGGAGAGCACGCCCAGCCUGUCGGCGCUCCUGCGCCAGCUCGGCGAGCUGGAGCGCAGCGUCCGCUUCCUGCACUCCGCGGGGGCCGGAGCGGAGGAGGAGGCCGACGCCGGCAAGCUGCAGGGCAGCGGCGGGCGGCGGCAGCGUCGGGCCGUGGGCGAGGGCGGGUCCGGGCGGGUGGAGGAGAGCGUGGCGGUGGUGAAGGAGUCGGCGAACCCGCUGGGCGACUUCCGGCGGUCCAUGCUGCAGAUGAUCGUGGAGAAGGAGAUCGUGGACGGCGCGGGGCUCCGGGAGCUGCUGCACCGGUUCCUGUCCCUGAACUCGCCGCAGCACCACCACCUCAUCCUCCGCGCCUUCGCCGAGAUCUGGGAGGAGGUCUUCGCCGGGCACGAGCGCACGCCGGACGACGACUUCCUCGUCUCCCACCACCACCACCGCAACAAGAAGCAUCACCUGGCAACGCGUGGUGGUGUGGUGCUUGAGUCGUCGGGUCUGCUUUCUUGAUCGAUGGAUCCGUGACAUCGUCCGUCCACCCCCUUCCGUCGAUUUCUUCAUUUCUUGUUCGUUGCUGGGCUGGGCGGACGAGACUGCAGGGUUUUCAGUACUUGUCUUUUUUUGUGUGUCGAUUUUUUUGACGCAUCGGUGUCGUCAAGUGUGCUGUGUACACACGAUUGAUUGAACGGACAAUACGGACGUGACUGCAAGGUUCCCAGUAUGGUUUCCGUGG